CUGCCAGCCACACUUCCCACCCAAUCCCUUCCUACCCAGUCCUUCCGUUACUCAUUGCAUAUUAUUUAGGUAUUCGUCUAUCACACUUUUACCUAGUAGAAGGACUGGAAGGAAUAUAAGCCUUCAUGAGAAGAACCAGCAGGCGACAAAGUCGGCAGUUUUUCGAUUCGAACAUUAUCUCAAUAAUUAAAUACGUUCAGUCAGUUGGACAUAGCAAUGACUAUGACAAGGAUGAGAGGAACUGGCGAAUUAUUUUGUCACAUAUCACACGGCAGUUAUAAAUUGUAUGGGAAGGUCAGUAAUUUCCAUCAUUUUUGAACUCUUCUAUAAGCCAAAUAGCCGUAUUUUAAAACAGACCCAUUUUUAUCUUAUUAAAAAAAAUCUGAAUCCGAUCUGAGACCUUUAAAACAAAAAUAAUGAUUUGUGAACGGAGUACUUAACGACGCAACGGCGCUCUAAGUUCUAAAUCUACCUAAAUGAAUUAUUUUUUAAUAAGAAAUGUGUAUUUAUUAUUAUGUUUAGUGAAUAAGGAAUCAUGUUUUUAAAACUCUUAAUCACAUCAUUUAUUAUAACAAUAACAUCUGCAAAUAACAAAUGCUCCAUCGAAUCACCAACAAUCGUGCCCAAAUACAAUUUAAUAGAGAGAUGCCACCGUUCCACACUUGGCAUAGCUGCCAAGGCGAACUUUACCUCCCUGAUCAGUUGCCAAAGACUUGGCAUACAGAAGAAGGCUCUGGCAUUGAACUUUAGCCCUGAAAUGAGCUCCAAGGAUGGCGAUGAACCUUUGGAACCUUUGGAAUAUACCUGCGAAGUAUUGAAAUGUGCUGAAGCAGCCGGUGGAUUAUCAUUGACUAAUGACACUAGAUAUGAUUACUACAGCAUCUAUGGGAAGCCUUUACCUAGCGUUAAUUCCACCUGUGUCCCGGCUUCGGGCAUGUUCUUCCUGCUGCCCAAAAGGCGGAACUACACGCAGGCGGAGGCUAGAUGCAAGGCUAUAAGCGGUGUUCUUGCCGAUGUGAGCAGCGAGCAGCGCACUGACGCUCUGUCGCAGGUGCUGGCCAGCGCUGGCGUUGAUGCGGCCUACGUGGCCAUGUGGAGUCGGAACGACAGCGUCUUUUACACCAAUAGCGAUUCGUUAGACUGUACGACGUAUCGGGCCUGGGCACCUGGGUAUCCACGCAGAAGCCCCAAUAUGACUUGUGUUGUGCUGACUCGCUUUCAUACGUGGAAGACUAGCCCUUGCAAAGCUAAAUUCCAAGCGCUUUGUGAGCUCAUCCCGGGAGGACCUUACAAAAAAGGGUCCAUAUUUGAUAUUUCCAUCAAGGCCGCAAAAUGGGACUCAAGCAGCAUCAAUUAAUAGUGAUUAUUAAUUAAUCAUAAUGCUACAUGUUAUUUCAAUCAAGUACAAUUCUAAUAUGUUUAACAAUUCAAAUUCUUUCACUUUCAUUUACCUAAAUAGCAAUAA